AUGGCUUCUCAAACGAAAUCAAACAAACUCAUAGCCGAGCCAUUGCAUUUUCAUACAGUUCAUGGCGAUCAAAUAAGAUUAAGCGACAAUAAUUCUCGAGCAACUCGUGAUCGAUUGAACAACACAUUGUUAUUCACAAAUCGACCUAUAUUAGCAAAUGAAAUAGUUGAACUGUACAUUGAAGAAUUAUCAACUGAGUUUUAUGGACUUAUUCGUAUUGGUUUAACAACCAUUGAUCCUGGCUCAUUCACACAACAAACUUUACCGAAGACGAUGCCAGCAAAUGAUAAUCGUGAUUGGUUCAUACCAUCACCACGUUCUCCACCGAAUAUUAUGAAAAAUAAAACGAUAUAUCUGAAAUAUACAACUGAGGGUGAUAUACUUAUUGACUAUGACGGUACCGGCUUUAUUAAACAGUUAACUGUACCUCCCAUAACAAAAGAUAUUUGGUGUGCACUUGAUCUAAAUGGCAUUGUUGCCCAAAUACGUCUGACUCAAUCUGAAGCAGAUGUUCUAGCAAAUCCUGUCGAUCGAGCUAGAGCACGUUACCUUCAAUAUACAAAUAAUCGUAAGAAAGAAAAUGCAUCUGUUUACUACAGUGGCGAGUUAGCACCUGGUGUUGUUACAAUGAUAGAUUGCGAUGAAAAUUCUGAAAUCUCAGAAAAUAUCGCUGUAAAAAAGAAGUCAACAGCAGCAAUAGUAAUUAAUGAAACGCUUAAACGAUCUAUGUGUAUUGUUUUGCAAAUAAUCGAUAUGGAUCAUACAUUAUCAGCAUAUUUAACGAUUCGUUGCUUAACUGAAGGACGAACAUCGAAUGAACAUACUAAAUUAAUUGAUAAUACAUUUGAUCAUGUAACACUAGGCGAUGAGAUAGGUUUGCGUGUACUACCGGAUGGAUGUAUAACAUUUUCAUGUGACAAUCGUCAUGUUAAACCUUUAUUCAACAUAGAUCUAACGGUUAACGACAACCCUGCUGUACAGCAAACAUCAUAUAAUUUGGAAUUUAUUAUGAAUGGACGCGUAACUGGACUUCGAUUAGUGGGAAUUUAUCGACCUACCGAAGCAGAAGCACGAACUCUUCCGCCUGCUGUUGGUGGUGGGUGUCAAGCUACUGUCAUACAUAGAGUAUGUCCAAAUGGCUUGUCGGGUCUUCUAUUACCUUGUAAACAUUUAUGUGUUUGUUAUGAAUGCGGCAAAGCUCUUGUCGAUAGGUAUUCAUGCCCGAAUAUUAAAUGUCGUAAACCGAUCAAAGGAUGUGUUAAAGUAUUUAAGGAUUAA